CACUAAUACACACCUUUAAUCUCUGAUGAAUCUGAUCUCACCAUCAUCAUCAUCACCAUCAUUCAUCAGUGGUAACAAGUAACUUAACUUUUUCAUCUUCCAAGCCUCACGUUACUCUCUGCUUAAUCUUAAUCUAUCCACAUAUAAUUAAAAAAAGAUAGCCCCCACACAAGGGCACAAUCUCAUUUAAAUACUAUAUUUAUAUUUAUUACAUUGUAUGACAUGCCUAUACUCAUUUGACCUUUCUCUCUCUGUGUCAGUCUUCUUUGCUGGGGAUCUCGGUUCCUCUAUUUCUUCACUCUCAGAUUCGACCUUCAACCACUUCAUUCAUUCAUCUCCCUUGAGCUUGAGAUGUCUGAGCUGGAGCAGACAUUGCAACAUUUGAUGAUUUGUCAAUUAUUGAGGUGAUGGUCUCCCCUUUUCCCCAUUUUGAUAAGUGAUAAGAACACAAGAUUCCUGGUUAGUUCUUAGCUUUAGGGUGGAACCUAUAUAUAUGUGCCUUAAAUGGUGAUUUAGUGGGUAGGAGUCAAUACUUUGUGGUCAGUUUGUGAAAGCAAAGAAUGUCCAAGAUGAUCAACAAACCGCUUCUGCUGACUUAUCUUUACCUAUUUAUCUACAUUCUGCUUUCCUCUGGAGUUAUAUUAUACAACAAGUGGGUUCUCUCCCCAAAGUAUUUCAAUUUUCCACUUCCUAUAACACUUACCAUGAUUCACAUGGGAUUUUCUGGAGCAGUGGCAUUUUUUCUUGUCCGUGUGUUCAAGGUUGCAACUCCUGUCAAAAUGACAUUUGAAAUAUAUGCAACUUGUGUUAUACCGAUAAGUGCCUUUUUCGCUUCAAGUCUUUGGUUUGGAAAUACUGCUUACUUGCAUAUUUCGGUAGCCUUCAUCCAGAUGCUCAAAGCUCUAAUGCCAGUCGCAACAUUUAUAAUGGCAGUUAUGUGUGGCACUGACAAAGCAAGGUGUGACGUCUUCUUGAACAUGCUGCUAGUCAGUGUUGGAGUUGUCAUUUCCUCAUACGGGGAGAUUCAUUUUAAUGUAGUUGGUACACUUUACCAGGUAACGGGCAUCUUUGCAGAAGCUCUUAGGCUGGUCCUAACACAAGUCCUUCUACAGAAAAAGGGCUUGACUUUAAAUCCUAUCACCAGCUUAUAUUAUAUUGCUCCAUGCAGUUUUGUUUUUCUAUUCAUACCAUGGUUUCUGCUCGAAAAGCCUGCAAUAGAAGUAUCCCAGAUUCAGUUCAAUUUCUGGAUCUUUUUCAGCAAUGCUCUUUGUGCGUUGGCCUUGAACUUCUCCAUUUUCUUAGUGAUCGGUAGAACUGGAGCAGUUACAAUUCGUGUUGCUGGUGUCUUGAAAGACUGGAUUCUCAUAGCCCUUUCGACCGUUAUAUUUCCAGAAUCAACUAUAACUGGGUUGAACAUCAUUGGAUAUGCAAUAGCACUAUGCGGUGUGGUCAUGUACAAUUACAUAAAGGUUAAGGACAGCGCUUCUCAACUGCCUGCCGAAGGUCUUCCUGAUAGAAUCGCUAAGGACUGGAAGUUGGAGAAGAAAUCAUCAGAUAUAUUCGUGCCAAAUAACAGUAGCGAUAUCAGUGGGGGAACAGGUUCUGCAAUUGAAACAUUUGGUGAUGAAGAAGCACCUCUAAUGCCGUCGGCAAGAUUGUCUUACCUUGGAAGAACACAGCUUGGCAAACCAAAUAUAUAAAUAUAUUUUUAUAUUAUUAUAUACAUAUAUCUAUAUAUAUGUGCUCAUGUUUUGUAAGGGAAGAACCAAACCAGACUAGGAAACAAAGGUGAGGCAGCUAUAGUGCAAUUUCAACUAUAUAUAUAUAUAUAUAAAUAUUCUUUCCUGAUGGGAGAGAUUCUUUCUUAGAAAGCCCUUAGGAAAUUCGUUUUGUAAUAUUUAAUUUUGUAUUGUGAGAGGUGAGUGGCCUUUUAGAAUGGAUGAACAAGUUGACACCAUCUCUGUUGAUGAAGAAUGAAAACCAAAGGGGGUGUUUGGUAUU